CGUAUAAUUUCUGCUCCCGACAUGAAAUUCCUCAUGUUUUUUUUUACACUCGAGAGGACCAAUAAAAUAAGGAAAAAAGCAGAACAAAUAAAUGAAAGAAUGAAGUGAUUUCCUAUUUUUGCCUGAUGUACGUGGAAAAAUUUGUCAGAUGAAUUAUAAAUUGCUUCUAUGGUGUGUUACAUAAAUUCCGAUGAGGAAGAGAAUAACUUGGUAGAGGGGAUUGGCGAUAUUGUCGGCAUCCUUGAAUCCUACUCAAUCCAUAAUUAUCUUCAUUCACGGACGUCCCUGCUAACUCAUUUAAAAACCAGGAAAAAUAAUAGAGAAAGCAAUACGCACUUUACUUGAACCGGUGUAAUUCAGCUUUUGAGACACCCCCCAAUAAUAAACGCCCAAUAAUUACGGUUGAAGGCACUUGAGGAAUCAACGGUUUCAAGGGCUUUUUGAAGUGAUUGACGAUUGGAGUGAUAUAUUGGAAAUAUAAUGCCUUAUCAUGGAAAAUUACGACAACUGGGGAAGGCCUGUAUCGCCCACUGUAAUUCUGGCUUUAUCAGAGCUAGAAGAGGAACAACAGCUGGCGUCGAAGGGGCUAGGUGUUUUUCAACUAGUAAGAGCAACGAUAUGCGGUUCGUACAAUUUGUAAAUAAAAAUGGAGGACCCCAGCACUUGGGAGUUCAGCUGAAGGAUGGUGGGGAUAUCAUUGCUAUCUCCUCAAUAGACUCGAGAAUUCCCAAUAAUCUCAGAAAAUUCCUCGAGGGAGGUGAGGUCCUCGCUCAAAAAGCUAGACGGAACGGUGACACCAAUCUGAGUGAUUACGUCCAAAGAAUUAUUGCCGAAGGUCGGAGUGUAAUAGCCGAGGCAGAUGUCAAUUUCUUGGCACCUAUAAAUCGCAUGGAUAAAUUAUUAUGCGUUGGACUUAAUUACCGUGGGCAUUGUCAAGAGCAGGGCCUUGAACUCCCAAACAAUCCAGUCAUAUUCAACAAAUUUCCGAGUAAUAUCAUUGGACCUACUGAUAAUAUUGUCUUGCCUACAAACUCCGAGAAAGUCGACUGGGAGGCGGAAUUAGCAAUAGUAAUCGGAAAGAUUGGGAAAGAUCUCAAUGAAGAGGAUGCAGAGCGCUGCAUAUUCGGGUACACAGUGGCCCAAGAUAUUUCAGCGAGAGAUUUGCAGAAGGGCAAAAUCAACGGGGGACAAUUUCUCCUCGGAAAGGCCAUGGACACAUUUUGUCCCCUUGGUCCAGCAGUUGUUACCAAAGAGGCUAUUCCUGAUGUUCACAACCUCACAGUCAAGACCUGGGUGAAUGAGGACUUGAAGCAAAAUGGAAACACCAGCGAACUCGUCUUCAAUCCUGGAAAAAUAGUUGCCUACAUUUCAAAGUUUAUGACGCUAUUACCAGGAGAUGUAAUCCUCACUGGUACUCCUCAAGGUGUGGGUUUCGCUCGUAAACCGCCUGAGUAUCUUAAGAAAGGUGAUAUCCUCCAGACGGAAAUCGAGAGCGUCGGUCGCCUAAAUAACAAGGUCGUUCAGUCUGAACCAAAAAUAAAGAAUUAAUUGAUUCAUCGGUGCCAUGUCUUCACAUAAUCCGUCGACGUUCAAAGACAAUUGAACCAAAAGCUUUAUCGUUUGUACUCCCGAGAAACGUAUGUUAUUGAAUUCAAAUAGAUUAAUUUCCUCUCAUCUCCCAGAUUUGUUGAAUAUUGUUUUUUUAUACAUGCAUUCCUGUUGAAGUGAAAUGAUAAUACAUUACAUCGUACAUUGUACACAAUUAUAAGUCGCCUCUAGGAGAAGUCACCCUUGACAAUUAUUUUGUGUCCCGACGAUAUUUCAAUAAAUAAAAUACAA